AGCCUGGUGUGUUGGUGACAUCUGGUGGUUGAAACUGUUUUGAGCUGAGCUAAGACUGGCGUUUUAAGCUCAGACAACAGAAAACAUCACAGCUGUUGUAUACAACGAUGGUGGUGUUUGGUGGUGUAUAUUCUAAUGGUGUCUGUGGUGUCAUGAUGUGGUGAUACGGAUCAUGGCGUGUUUUUAUUUAUUUUGUCAAGCGGACAGCAGCAGUGGUGGAGAGGGGAGGGCGUGGAAUGAUGACCCUAACAACAACCCCCACAGGAAGGAAACAAGCAUGAAUGGCACGCAGCACAGAGUGGACUUGUUGCCCACUGUACCCGAGCAGGCUGCCAUUGGGUACCUUCAUUUAUCCUUUGAGUACAACAAAACAGAUUUGAGGAUCAGGGUGUGGCAAGUCAGUGACCUGUUGUUACCUCCCCCUCAAACCUCCAUGAUUGAAUCAAUCUAUGUCAAAAGUUACCUGAUACCAGAUGCUCAAAAAAAGACCAAUAGGCAAACAGAAGAGGUCAAAGUUGAACCCGCCAACAAAGAUAGCAACAUAAACUCUCAUGCACCAGAAAAUGGCAUCCAGUAUAUUUUCACAUCAUCGUCUUUCAGAUUUGACACACCUCUAAUCUACCUCGGAGUCACCCAAGACAUCAUAGACCAGCGCAGCCUGCAGCUUGAGGUGUGCAUGACACAGAAACGCACACACAAAACCUUCCUGAUGGCCAUGGUCCACCUGCCCUUGAGCACCGCUGUCCGCAGACCUCUCCGGGAGAAAUACUCGCUCAUCCCCUGCAUGAACCACACCAUACCCAACAGCAUGCGGGUCUACAGUGCUCGGGAUUUGAUGCUACAGAACUCCUCAUCUAUGUCCUGGCUUAACAAGGCAUUGUCCAGAUCAAAUUCAAUUCAGAUAACAAACGGGUCUUCGACAGAUAACCAAGAUAAUGAGGAUAUAGAUAACUUGAUUCGUAGGUUUGCGUCCGUAUCUUCAGAUGAUUCUGAUGGUUGUGAUGACGGUGUUGGUAGCAGCAUUGGCGUCAAGUCCAGCCUUGGAAGAAGCUUCACCUCAGUGAAUGCUGAUGAAGCUUCAGCAUCAUCUGAUGAGGAUGGUUCAUCUGGACGCAUGCGCACAUCCAGCAGCAACUCCACGCCUGAACACCCUCAAAAUGCUGUCAAAAAGAAAAUUAUCCCUAACGAGUUGUUGGAUAAAACAUCAAGUUCAGACGGCGAGACGACAGAAUUUCAGCGCGUGCCGUAUAUCAGACAGGUGAGCGGUAAGUUCACGGUCAUACGAGUGGAUGAACCUCUCACUGAAGGUGGUGACACCCCAUCAAGUCCUAAAACACCCACAGAAACCUUGGCCAAUCAGGACACAAAACCUGAAACCUUGGUCACCCCUAGUGGUAAGAAAAAAAUAAUCCCAAAUGAAUUUUUCUCAAAAAAAUUGAAAAAUUCAGAAAAAGCUGAAGAAAUUAUAAAUAACUCUACAGAAACAAAAUCUGAAUCUCAUGAAAAAUCUGACAUAGAACAACACACAGUUCUGAGUUCAAAUUUAAAACCUCAGGACAACACAGGAUAUGCAAGGAGUAAAAGUGAAAGUACAGAUGAACCUGAGCUCUCCAGAUUAAGAGUUUACAGCAACUCUGAAGCUUCAUCAGAGGUGGGGUCAACGCCUGGCUCUCGUCCAGAGACCCCCGUCUGGGACUUCUACGACUUUACUGACGACACCGAUAGCAAGGCAGACGCUCCGGUGCCAGAAGAUGAUGCAGCUAAAGCCCUGGGCACUCUGCAGGCCAGUCUGCUGAAGCUGAGCAGGAAUCCACAGGUGCUGGAUACUUGCAGAGUUGUGGGUCCUGUCCUACCCACAGUAAUGCUGGAUGACUUUGAAUUGGAUGAAGAUAAUGAAGAAGUGGACGCUAGUGAUAUUCAGAAUCUCAAGGAGAAUAUGGAAGAGACAAAUGUUCAGAGUGAAAUUUAAGAUGAUUGUUUAUAAUAUGUUUACAGUCAAUAUUUAAGAUAAACAAACUGUAAAAUAUGCUAAUCCAUAAUAUGAUUGAGUCAUGUAACAUUUAUGUCUAUAGUCAUACAUUUUUAAUUAAAUAUCGUUUAUUUUUUAGAUAUAACUUGUUAAAUGUGUUAAACCCAUAAUAUAACAGAUUUAAAAUAUAAAGUGUGUAAAGUGGCAUUUUAAAUAUUAAAUCUUGAUAAAUUUUUAAAGUUGGAAUUUUUUUUAAUCUACAGAUAUUCUAUUGUAUAAAAUUUUAUAAAUAUUUUGUAUAAAAGUAAAAACAUACUUGUUAUUUAAACUAAUUAUUAAACUGUUAAAUUUAUAAUUUAAAAUAAUUAGUCAAUUCUUGCUGUAAAUUGGUCUUUUUCCCCAAGUUUUCAAUCGUUUCAAGUUGAUUACUAUAGACUAGUGUACAAUUAAUUUGAAAACAUAAACCAUGCAAACUUUUAUUAUAACAAAAAAGUUCUGUAUUAUUAUAUAAAUACCUCAGUAGUUUUAACAAUAACUUUUCAGUUGAUAAUUGCAAAAAAUUAUUACUUAAGAACUUUUUCUAACCUCAUUAAAAUGUAUGUUCUUAAGGAAAUAUGUCUUUAAACCUUGACGUGAAAUGAAAGAAACCUCUAUAAAUCCUAUUGAAGCAGAGAAAACAGUUGUUUUUUUGUUAAUGGAAUGCUAAUAUGUAUGCUAUGCUUUUCAUGCUGCAUCUUCCAUUGUUUUAAACUAAAUUCAAGUGGACCAAAAGGUCAACAGUUUGAAUUUUCUACUGCUAAGGUCACAUGAAGAUGGCUCAUGCUUACAAAGUUAACCCCAACCUAUUAAAUACAUUCCAUCAUUGGUAAAGCAAAUACUUCUGUAUUCAAUGUAAACAUUGCUGAAAUGGCAAAAUGUUACAAAAAAGAAUUAAUAACCCCUUAAAUUGAAACUUCAUCAGAUAAACUUAGUGCCUUUACCAUUAAAAAAAGAUUAAGGUGGUAAAUCUUCAACCAGUUUUAACUUUUUAAAUUGAGAAAGAUAAGAAUAAAAAAUUGUCUGGUGAAAAUUAGGUUGUUGAAAUCAGUAAUCAGAUUCUGUUGUAAAUACAUACAAUUUUCUGCAAUGUUUAAAUAAAACAUGUAUACUUGU